AUGUCUGAACCAACCAGCAUAGUAGAGAAGCAAGAAGUUCCCGAAGAAAUUGAUUGGGAUACCCUGAGAAAAGCCAGUCUGUUUCCCGGAGGAUUUGGAGAGGACCGGAUAAAGCUAUGGCCAAAGCUACUCAAUGUUCAGGAUGGAGCGAACCAGGAUCUCUCUGUUUUUGAUGAGCUGCCAGGCCACGCCGAUGAACGCCAAAUUCGCCUGGAUACCGACCGAAGUUUUGUGCUGUAUCCAGUAGAUACUAGAGACGACAAGGAAUCACUUCAGGCAGAGCUCAACCGACUGCUGGUAGCUAUAUUUCGCAAGCGACCAAAGUUGAAUUACUUCCAGGGAUACCAUGAUAUUAUCUCCGUCUUAUUUUUAACUUUACCCCCGGAAAUUCAGUUUUCUUGCGCUGAAAAGAUGAGUUUGCAUCGAGUGCGCGAUUCCAUGGGUCAUGGUUUGGAGCCAAUACUUGGGCUUCUUCGUGUGACCCAGAAGCUUUUGCGACUAGUGGACUGCAAUUAUGCGGAGCUAUUAGAAAGAAACUCACCUCUUCCCUUCUACGCCUUGUCCAACUUAAUCACUCUUUUUUCUCACGACAUGCCGACAUUACAACUGAUACAGCACGUUUUCGACUACUUACUAUGUCGUCCACCGAUUGUAACUGUCUAUCUGGCCACUGCGAUUCUUCUGUCGCGUAAAGACGAGAUACGAUGUCUGGAGGAAGAAGACGAAGAGGGCAUGAUACAUUCAGUUCUUAGUGGAUUGCCCAACAUAACAGACGAAUCUCCCUCAUUUGAGGAAAGUGUCGUGAAAACAGAAGAGGAUGUCACGAGUUCUGUGGUGUCUUUAGAGCAGGAACAGCCUGACUCCCAAUCAUCUGUUGGCGACGAGUUGUCGGGAUCCUUCGCCAAGCAGGAGCAUUGUGAGGAGCUGUCCUCCAUUCCUAUAGAAAUCAAGAUAGAGGAUGAUGGAUACAUGGAGCCGUCUGGCAAUAACGUGAAGGAUGUCGUUGAAAGCGAAGUACAGGAGGAAACAAUUUCGACCUCCCAAGUCUCUUCGUCGGAUUCGAAGGAUGAGGUAUCUCCCUCACGGACACCUUCACCGCCUCCCAGCUAUCUUCACCCUGAAUCAUCCAGACACGCCCUUCAAAAGCCAUCUAUAACUUUAACGUCGCUUUUACUACAGGCGGAUCAUCUUUACGAAACGUACCCUCCUUCACAUCCCUCACUCGCACUGUCUGUCAUAUUUACGUGGUCCUCCUCCCCCGCUGAUCUACCGAGCGACGAUUCGGCAGAGCGAAUGGUUGAGUAUCCUCAGCUCGUUGUUUAUCCCUAUGUGGACAAGGAGGAAGAUGGCGAUCAGAAGGAAAUGCGGCAAGGCACGCGGCAUAAGCACCCCAUAAAGCGACGACGGAGAUUCAGACUCAGAGACCGCAAAACAAUGAUUACAGGCGCUGUGCUAGCGCUAGGAGUUGCUAUGGCUGUGUAUGGAGUGCGGAGUGGUAUCGUCUACGGAGAGGGGCGGCAUACGAACUUCCACUUUCACAGGGACUGGAAAAGGUUGGGAGGCUGGGCUGGAGGAUUUCUUAUAGGCGCUGGGAACAAGAUAUUGCACAUGGGCGACACGUCGUAG